GGUUCACGUUACACCGGCAAUCCCAGCAUACAGCGCGCUCUUCAUUAGCAUAAAACAGUCCGGUAUCUGCACGAGUCGCGGGGACACAUCUACAAACACAUCGAGUUAUAACGCGAUAAAAACACAACGCGAUAAACAUGAGUGACAACGAGAAACUGGACAACCAGCGGCUGAAGAACUUCAAGAAUAAAGGACGCGAUCUGGAGACUAUGAGAAGACAGAGAACUGAAGUGGUAGUUGAACUCAGAAAGAAUAAACGAGACGAGCACCUGCUGAAGAGGAGAAACGUGCCGCACGAGGACAUCUGUGAUGAUUCUGAUGCUGAUGGAGAUUUCAGAACGCAAAACACUUCUCUGGAAGCAAUCGUGCAGAAUGCGACCAGUGAUAAUCAGGGCAUUCAGCUGAGCGCUGUGCAGGCCGCACGGAAGCUGCUGUCGAGUGACCGCAACCCUCCGAUAGAUGACCUGAUCAAAUCUGGUAUUCUGCCCAUCCUCGUGCACUGUCUGGACAGAGACGACAACCCGUCUCUUCAGUUCGAGGCAGCCUGGGCUCUCACCAACAUCGCAUCAGGCACAUCUGAGCAGACGCAGGCCGUGGUGCAGUCAAAUGCUGUUCCUCUGUUCCUGCGUCUGCUGCAUUCUCCUCAUCAGAACGUGUGCGAGCAGGCCGUUUGGGCUUUAGGGAACAUCAUCGGUGAUGGACCUCAGUGCAGAGAUUACGUCAUCAGUCUGGGUGUGGUCAAACCCCUGCUGUCCUUCAUCAGUCCCUCUAUACCAAUCACUUUCCUCCGCAACGUCACUUGGGUCAUGGUCAACCUGUGCCGCCACAAGGACCCGCCACCACCCACGGAGACCAUCCAGGAGAUUCUGCCGGCGCUGUGUGUGCUCAUUCACCACACUGAUGUCAAUAUUCUGGUGGAUACUGUUUGGGCUCUGUCCUAUCUCACUGAUGCUGGAAAUGAACAGAUACAGAUGGUCAUUGACUCUGGUAUCGUGCCAUACCUCGUACCCUUACUCAGCCACCAGGAGGUCAAAGUGCAGACUGCAGCGCUGCGAGCGGUUGGGAAUAUUGUGACCGGAACUGAUGAACAGACUCAGGUGGUGCUGAACUGUGAUGCUCUGGGUCACUUCCCAGCACUCCUCUCACACCCCAAAGAGAAGAUCAACAAGGAAGCCGUGUGGUUCCUGUCCAACAUUACGGCGGGGAACCAGCAGCAGGUCCAGGCCGUUAUUGAUGCCAAUCUCGUGCCCAUGAUCGUUCUGCUGCUGGAUAAGGGCGACUUCGGCACUCAGAAGGAGGCGGCGUGGGCCAUCAGCAACCUGACCAUCAGCGGAAGAAAGGAUCAGGUGGCAUACCUGAUCCAGCAGCAGGUGAUUCCUCCCUUCUGUAACCUGCUGACAGUGAAGGAUGCUCAGGUAGUGCAGGUGGUGCUGGACGGACUCAGUAAUAUUCUCAAGAUGGCUGAUGAUGAUGCGGAGACCAUCGCUAAUCUCAUUGAGGAGUGUGGAGGUUUGGAGAAAAUCGAGCAGCUGCAGAAUCAUGAGAAUGAGGACAUCUAUAAACUGGCUUAUGAAAUAAUCGAUCAGUUCUUCUCAUCUGAAGAUAUUGACGAGGACGCUAACCUGGUUCCAGAGGCGAUCCAAGGAGGAACUUACGGGUUUAACUCCUCUACCAACGUGCCAGCAGAAGGGUUCCAGUUCUAGAAGGUGAAGCGACACGUGGAGUUUUGUUUGUGAUGCAGCACUCUGUUCAACAUUAAAAUAAUUAGAAAGUGAGAGCGAGCGCGAGAGAGUGUGAGAAAUAUUAGAUCCGUUGUGCUUUGCUGAUGGGAUCCACGGCUGCAUCCAAUCCAAGAGAAAUUGAGUGGCGUUUGUUUGGAAUUCUGCAGAAGCGGAUGUCCAAAUGACGUUUGAGAUGACGAGCGAGUGGAUGCGAGUGAGAGUGAGUGGAUGACUACUUUUCAAAACACGACCAUCAAAACCGAACACGCUCUGAGCGACCUUCACUAGAACCAUCUGGCGUGUGUCUUCAACAAAAAUUAAAUCAAACCAAUGGGAAUAAACGAAGAAAUCGUACAUUUGUAAUCUGAGGCAAGAACGCUUAAGGAACCUCACCAAGAACAAUGAUUGAAAGAACACGCUUCUGAGGUGGCCUCACCAGCGCGUGUGUGUGUGUGUGUGUGUGUGUGUGUGUGUGUGUGUGUGUGUGUGUGUGUGUGUGUGUGUGUGUGUGUGUGUGUGUGUGUGUGUGUGUGUGUGUGUGUGUGUGUGUGUGUGUGUGUGUGUGUGUGUGUGUGUGUGUGUAUGAAUGACCCCUGAGCCAAGGGGCAUGAUCUUCUGACGUGCUGGAGAACAAACCCAGCCGACCGCAGCCCUCUCCCCUGUAUGCUGGCAGGGUCCCCGCAGUCCAGUGGCACGUUAUUGUGCUUGGUGUGCGCAAACGGUGUGUGUGCUUGACUGACUGACUGACUGGUGAAAUGCAGGACUGAAUGUAAUGGAACACAGUGAGUUGAUAACGAAAAAAAUCAAAUGAUAUGUUCAAUGUGACAAAUCUGGUAAUUUAAUGGGAAAAUACGGAACAGCCCGGAGACAAAUAUUCACCUUUGAUGGAAUGACAUCAAUGAUCGAAAGAUGACUGUCAUUUACAUUUAGUUUACCCUUUUUUCUUAAAAAAAAAAAAAAUAUUAUAAUUUAGUUUGUUGACACUGGACUGAGCUUUGGGAGCAGAGUUGCAUUGAAGAUCAAUCGUGUGGCUUUUGGGGACGUCUGUUUAUAUUUCACCCCCCCCCCCCCCACAAAUUGGUUCUUUUUAGUGCUGGUGUAAAUGCAUAUAAUUCACAGUGCACAAAUCUCCGGCUGUUGUACAUUUAUGACCCUUACCACUCUACUUUCAUUACUAGCCCUGCUUUUCAUUUUCUGUUCUUUAAAAGAAUUCAGACUGCAUUUGCGUUCAUCUGUCACAUGAUCAUGUGGGGGGUGUAUUAGACAGAUGGCCGUUUUAUGUAUGACCGAUUUCACACAUCUUUGCAUGUGCUAAACUGCAGCAUUCAUUUUAAUGGAUUUUAGUUUGGUAAAAAUUUUUUAAACAACCUGCUGUACUCUUUCUGUGUUUUUUGUUUCUGCACAUUUAUGCCCCUCACUGUUCCUGACCGACAAGCAAUUCUACGUUAUGCACAAUGUAUUCUGGAGCUUAAAAAUUCACAAGACUGACAUGCCGACCUUCUCCGACUGUAUGUGUAGUGCAGAUCCAGAGUAGUUGUUUAUUUGUAGUCCUGUUCAGUGUUGAGCUACAUUAAAGCAUUUGGACGUCUUUUGAGUCUUCUCGCUGCCCGCAGACUGUGUGCUGUGCCUUCAUCGCAAUGCACACACAAAUAAUGGAAUCCAUGCACUGUUUCCACUGUAGGUUUAUGAUGCUUUUUUUUUUAUUUGAUUUGACUGUAGAGCUUUCCUCCGUUUCGCAUAACUUCUUAGAUUUAAUUUACACUGUCUCUCCCCCCACAGUUUGCAAAUAUGUAGUUUCAAAGAAGAAAAACAAUAGAUGGUGUACCUAACCUGUUGGACAGACUACAGGCUCUGUACCUAUUCAAAUAAAUAUUCAAACGUGUCACUUUGGUGUCUUUAUUUUAAACUCUAUCUUGGGUAAAAAAAAGAGCGACAUAUUUGGGUAUAGAAACAAGACUCAAGUGGACUCUGCUGGAGUAAAUUCUUGUGUACAAUGCACUGUAGAAAUAAGGG